UCUCACUUGAGUGGAGGAAUGCGCGAAGGAAGCCCGGGCGGAAUCGGCGCCGGAGGAGCCUCUGGGCGCCAGUACUAAUUGUCCUGAUUUAUGCCCUUCUGACUGCUCCGCGGCUUCGUCUGAAAUAAAAUGAAAGCGGCGCCAAGCGGGAUAGAACCGCCUGGCCGCCGGUUCUGGUUCUGAUCCCUCGGAAUCAGAACAUCGUCCUGCAGCUUAAAGAAAGAAAGAGAAAGAGAAAAGAGAGGGGGAAAGCCCUCUGUAAAAGUUUAAGGCGAGAAGUGGCAGACGCGGCGGCGCGGGGAGGCGCGGAAAACCGGCGAGCGGCACCGGGCUGGCGAGACCUCCGAAGGCUGCGCUUUCCUCGUUAGCCUCUCCGUAUUUUUGGAGGGAGAGGCACCUUUCGCAUCCUCUCCUCCUCUCCGCCCACCCCUCCUCCCUCCCCCUCGUCUACCUGUCAAAGUCACUGAUCUUUUGCAUUUCGGAAGAGGACGUCAACAGGAAGGAAUUCCCCCUCUGGGUGCGGGCUCCGAGAGGGGGCGACGCGCAGGAGGAGCCCGCGCCGAGGCGAAGGAUAUUGCUGCCAGAAGAACAGAAUGAUUGAUGGGAAACAGACACUGGACUGUCAGACACUCAUCCUUCUGCUUCAGAUACUGGUAUGUCAGUGCGCCUGAACAGCCCUUGAAAGCCGUGAACAUUGAGGAUCACUCAGGGUUAUCGGAUGUACAGUGGGAGAGCCAUCACUUUGCUAAACUAUCUGCUACUGGACUUCUUUGGCAAAAACCAAACUAGACCUGCAUCUAAUAGAUAUGUUGUAGGAUGAAGAAAAAGCUGCAAGUUGUUGCUGCCUAGCACACAAGUAUGUUAGGCUUCCACCAAAGUCGUCAGUAUUCCUGAGUAUGCACAAUAUCUAAAUCCUUCAUGUUGGUUUUGGAAUCUUUUUGAAAUCUCAUCCUCUCUCUCUUUAAAAGUAUACAGACCUUCCUACAUAAAGAGACACAUAUAUGUUUAUGUAAAAUAGACGCAGAUUACAGAUAAGCCACGAAGACUACAAAGAAUUUAGAGAUGUAUUUGUCAAGAUUCCUGUCCAUUCAUGCCCUUUGGGUUACAGUGUCCUCAGUGAUGCAGCCCUACCCUUUGGUAUGGGGACAUUAUGAUGUGUGUAAAACUCAGAUUUACACAGAAGAAGGGAAAAUGUGGGAUUACAUGGCCUGUCAGCCAGAAUCCACGGACAUGACCAAAUAUCUGAAAGUGAAACUGGAUCCUCCCAAUAUUACCUGUGGAGACCCUCCUGAGUCGUUCUGUGCAAUGGGCAACCCCUACAUGUGCAAUAAUGAGUGUGACGCAAGCACCCCUGAGCUGGCACACCCUCCUGAGCUGAUGUUUGAUUUUGAAGGAAGACAUCCCUCCACAUUCUGGCAGUCUGCUACUUGGAAGGAAUACCCCAAGCCUCUCCAGGUUAACAUCACUCUAUCUUGGAGCAAAACCAUUGAGCUCACAGACAACAUAGUUAUUACUUUUGAAUCAGGGCGUCCAGACCAAAUGAUCCUGGAGAAGUCUCUGGAUUACGGACGAACAUGGCAGCCCUAUCAGUAUUAUGCCACAGACUGCUUAGAUGCUUUUCACAUGGACCCAAAAUCUGUGAAAGAUUUAUCACAGCACACAGUCUUAGAAAUUAUUUGUACAGAAGAGUACUCCACGGGGUAUUCAACAAAUAGCAAAAUUAUCCACUUUGAAAUCAAAGACAGGUUUGCAUUUUUUGCUGGACCUCGGUUACGGAAUAUGGCUUCUCUCUACGGCCAGCUGGAUACAACCAAGAAACUCAGAGAUUUCUUUACAGUCACAGAUCUGAGGAUAAGGCUGUUGAGACCAGCCGUUGGGGAAAUAUUUGUAGAUGAGCUUCACUUGGCACGCUACUUUUAUGCAAUCUCAGACAUCAAGGUUCGAGGAAGGUGCAAGUGUAAUCUCCACGCCACUAUGUGUGUAUAUGACAACAGCAAACUGACAUGUGAAUGUGAGCACAACACUACAGGUCCAGACUGUGGGAAAUGCAAGAAGAACUAUCAGGGCCGGCCUUGGAGUCCAGGCUCAUAUCUUCCCAUCCCCAAAGGCACUGCAAAUACCUGUAUUCCCAGUAUUUCCAGUAUUGGUAACUGUGAAUGCUUCGGCCACUCCAAUCGAUGCAGUUAUAUCGAUCUGCUAAAUACAGUCAUUUGCGUGAGCUGUAAACACAACACUAGAGGGCAGCACUGUGAGUUAUGCAGGCUGGGCUACUUCAGAAAUGCUUCCGCACAACUGGACGAUGAGAAUGUGUGCAUAGAGUGUUAUUGUAACCCUUUGGGCUCAAUCCAUGAUCGUUGUAAUGGCUCAGGAUUUUGUGAGUGUAAGACUGGAACAACAGGGCCUAAGUGUGAUGAGUGUCUGCCGGGAAAUUCCUGGCACUACGGCUGUCAACCGAAUGUCUGCGACAACGAGCUCCUGCACUGCCAGAACGGAGGGACGUGCCACAACAACGUGCGCUGCCUGUGCCCAGCCGCGUACACCGGCAUCCUCUGCGAGAAGCUGCGCUGCGAGGAGGCGGGCAGCUGCGGCUCUGACUCCAGCCAGGCGGCGUCCCCGCGGGGCUCCCCCGCCCUGCUGCUGCUGCUGCCGCCGCUGGCCGCGCUGCUGCGGACCGCCGGCCCCUUGGCGCUUUAGGCAUCGCUUUCAGCCAUCCGACAGGCCUGUGCCGUGGGGAAGCGAACACAAUUCAAGCAUUUGCUAUUAACUAGAAAACACACACACACACACACACACACACACACACACACACACACACUCCAACACAGUGUACAAACUAAGAAGGCCUAACUGAACUAAGCCAUAUUUAUCAGACGUGGACAACCACAGAUCGGAGUCAAGACUGCUAAUUUCUGACUCCAGAGGAGUUGUCGAUAUUAUCACUGAGAGUCACAUUGCCAGCUGCGGAGCUUAUUGUGGAUUGGAAAGGCUGUGACAGCCCCCCCAACAGGAAAGACAAAAGAACAAACGAAACAACCAACCUAAAAACACUUGCUACUCUACUGUGGUGCACCCUAGUACCGCUCUGCCCAGUGUGUGGACCAACCAAAUAGAAGCAUUCUUUGCUGUCAGGUGCAUUGUGGGUAUAAGGAAACCUGUUAAAAGCUGCCAUAUUGGCCUGCUUCAGCCCCUGAAUCCCUUCAGACCUGUGCUUUAGUGAACGUUGCUCUGUAACCCCUGUUGGUUGAAAGAUUUCUUUGUCUGAUGUUAGUGAUGCACAUGUGUAAAAGCCCCCCCAAAGCGCAAGCCAGUCAUACCCCUGUAUAUCUAAGCAGCACUGAGUCACCAGUGUGUGCUCACACCCACUAUACAAGAGUGGCUAUAGGAAAAAAGAAAGUGUAUCUAUCCUUUUGUAUUCAAAUGAAGUUAUUUUUCUUGAAAUACUGUAAUAUGUAGAUUUUUUGUAUUAUUGCCAAUUUGUGUUAUCAGACAAUCUGUUAACAUAUCCAAUUCAAAUCAGCAAAGACUGACAUUUAAUUUUGUCCUCUUUUGUUCUGUUUUGUUUCAUUGUGCAGAGAUUUCUCUGUAAGGGCAACGACCAUGCUGGCAUCAAAGAAAUAUCAGUUUACAUAUAUAACAAGUGUAAUAAGAUUCCACCAAAGGACAUUCUAAAUGUUUUCUUGUUGCUUUAACACUGGAAGAUUUAAAGAAUAAAAAUUCCUGCAUAAAUGAUUUCAGGAAUUUGUAUUGCAGUUUCUUAAAAUGAAAGAAGCAGCCAACAAGCAGUUUCACACUCACUUUACUGAUUUCUGUGUGGACUGAACACAUUCAGCUGAUGAAUUUAGUGCCCAGGAAGAUGGAUUGAUGUUCACUAGCUUGGACAACUUCUGCAAAAUAUGAGACUAUUUCCAUUGGGGAAAAAAUUAUAACAGAAAAAAAGAAAAAAGAAACAAAGAAAGAAAGAAAGAAAGAAAGAAAGAAAGAAAGAAAGAAAGAAAGAAAGAAAAAGAAAGAAAGAAAGAGAUCUAAGUGAUUGCCAAGAUUAUGCCAAAGCCUGUUGGCAAAGUACUAAGAGACUUAUUUUUAAGUCAUGCUAUUUUCACAGAUUGAUGGUGAUCAUGUGGCUCUAGGGAUGCUGAUCUAUAUGUAUCUUUCCAAAUACAGUGUUUACACAGAGUAUCAUAAGAGGCCACCUGGGGAACCAGGACAGUAACAGGGAAAUUGAGUGAUUAGCAAUUUGACUUUGAAUAUAUUCAGACUAAGAAUUUAAAUGAAAUAUCAAAACAUACAGCAGCAAGUAGGCAUAACUGCUGUUCCUGAGAAUAAAGUUGUUUUAAGUACUGCCCAAGGUGUAAUAAAUUCUUGUUUCUGCCUUUUACUAGGCCAAUUACUGUACAAGACAGCAAGGGGAGGAGGGGGGGGGAUUGCAAAGUUUCAAA